AUGAAUGUACAAGUAAAGAAAAUUCAAAUACUUUAAUAUUGUAAUUGUAAUCCAAUUGGUUCAUUGCGAUCGUCAUGUGAUCCCCAAACAGAUUCUUGUUAUUGUCGACCAGCUGUUGGUGGACUAAGUUGUUCACAUUGUGAAAAUGAAUAUUGGGCUUUUUCUCGUAUACUAACACAUAAUAAUACUGGCUGUACUCCUUGUGGUUGUCAUCCAUAUGGUUCAAUACGAAAAGAUUGUUUACAAGAUACUGGGCAAUGUUCAUGUCAUUCAUUUGCUAUGGGUCGUCAAUGUGAUAUAUGUGUUGAUUCAUCUUUAAUAUUAACUGAUCAUGGAUGUGUUAAUUUACAUAAAAAUCGUUAUCGACGUCAACGAACAUGUCGAGAUUUAACAUGUCUUUUUGAUGGAAUAUGUGAAAUAUUAAAUGGUUAUCCUCGUUGUACAUGUCAUCAUAUAAGUUGUACAAAUGAAGAACAAUACUUAAUGAAUAUAUGUGCAUCAGAUGGACGAACUUAUCAAUCAAUAUGUGAUAUUAAACGACAACAAUGUUUAAAACAAUAUGAAAUUGUUUUAAUGUAUCCCGGUGUUUGUAAUGGAAUUGAUGAAGAUUUGAAAUUCGAACAAGAUAAUAUUUUGAAUCGUGAAUUACAAAUGAUAACAAUUGAUUCAAAACGAUGUAUAACAGAUAAAGAUUGUGGAGAAAAUAUGGUUUGCUUAUCAGAAUUUUGCGAAUGUGAAAAACAAAAAUAUAAACGUAUACCAGGACCACAAUGUGUUAUGCCUCCAUCAGUUUCCUUACGAUCAAAUCAUACAGUAAUUCCUAUUCAUCAUAUAUCAGAUGGUAUUUGUAUGCAAUGGAAUCCAUGUAAAAAUCAUGCUAUAUGUCAAGAUCAAACAAAUCAAAAUUAUACAUGUUUAUGUUCAUUCGGAUGGAAAGGACAUAAUUGUGAUCAAAAAAUUGAAAUAACUAUUCCACAUUUUAAUCAACAAUCUUAUUUAAAACUCAAAUUAUCAGAACCAAUAAAAUAUAUUGAUCUUACGUUUGCAACAGAACAUAAUGAUGGUUUGAUUUUAUAUUGUGACAAUAAAUUAACAGAAUUAUACUUUACGAUUUCAAUACGAAAUAAAAUUAUCGAUAUAACUAUUCGUUCUGAUCGUUUUAUUUCAACAAUUCAAUUAUCUGAUAUAAUUGAUCUUAAUACAUAUGUUCGUUUACAAAUUCAGAUUUUAUAUAAUGAAAUACAAGUUCGAUUAAAUAAUGGAAAGCUUUUGUCAAGAUUAUUACCAUUUAAUAUUGUGUUGACAAAUAUAUUACACAUAGGUGGAUUACCAAUAUCAUUUCAUUCUCUUUCACAAUAUUUUGACGUCAAUGAAGGUUUUCAAGGAUGUAUUCAUGAAUUAUUAAUUAAUGAAAGACAAAUUAUGUUUAAUACUACAGAACAUAUUGGUCAAAAUAUUGAUGAAUGUAUAGGAAAUCCAUGCCGAUCAGUUUCAUCUAGAAAUAGAAUUCGAUGUAUACCGAUAAGAAAUAAUGAUGUAAAUAGUUAUAAAUAUUUCGAUAAUGAUCAUUCAAUAAUCGAUCGAUGUUUAACAAAACCAUGUGAAAUAAAUCAACAAUGUAUUAAUGUACAUCCGAAUAAUUAUAUGUGUAUAUGUGUAAAUUGUUCAUUAAAUAAUCUAUAUAUUGCUGGAUUUCAUUCGAAUAGUUAUAUUAAACAUUUACCAUUUCAAUCAUUGAAAGAUACAGAAAGAUUUAAAAUUGAACUAUGGUUUCUAUCUGAAAGUUCAUCAGGUUUACUUAUUUAUAGUGAACAUAUUAAUUUCAAAAAGGGUUAUUUUAAACUUAAUUUAGAACGAAAAAUGCUUAUAUUUGAUAUUAUUAUUGGUAGUAAGCGUAUUUUACUCAGUUCUCGAUAUCCAAUUGAAUUGAAUAAAUGGCAUCAAUGUUUAAUUGAAAUCUAUAGUCAAAAAUUAUCUUUAAUUCUCGAUCAAGAAUCACCUGUUAUAUCUUAUGAAUUAGUUUCUUCGAAUAUGUUAUGGCCUCGUUCAUUUACAUUUAUUGGUUAUCUACCUAAUCAAUAUCGAUCAAUAAAUACUUCGAUAUUCGAAGGAUUUCGUGGAGCAAUACAAAAAAUUAUUUUAAAUAAUCAUUCAUUAAAUGAUAUUCGUCGAAACGCUAUUGAAUUAUUUAAUAUAACUGAAUAUCAUGGUUAUCCUUGUCAACCAAAUCCAUGUACAUUGAAUAGAAAAUGUUGUCAAAUAGAAUUAAAUAAUUAUACUUGUAUUGAAGAAUUAAAACGAAAUGAUACAUCACUUGAACUUGAUGGAACAAUAAAUGCUAUGUAUUCAUAUAUACCUUCAAAUUUACGUCGAAAUUAUUUUGAUUUCUUAUUAAAAACAAAACAUUCUUGGGGACUUAUUUUUUAUAUUGGUGAAACAUCGUUAUCAUUUUUUUCAAAUUAUCUAUCGUUAAUAAUUGUUAAUGGAUUUCUACAAUUGGCAAUUAAAAUUGAUAAAAAUUCAAGUGUUGCUUUAUUAAAAUCACAAAUACGAAUUGAUGAUGGUCAAUGGCAUCAUAUUGAAAUAGAACGGUAG